CAAUUGUCAAUGAACAACAGCCCAGAGGGGACAAGAGGACUCUUGUGGCAAAUCUUAUUUGCAAAGGCACUGGAUAACUUGAAUCUCUGCUUAUCUAAUAAACAAGACACUCCUAGUCCUUGGAGCUUAUCUGUCAGCACUGGGCUUAUCAAGCUGUCUUGACCUUUUAGCCAAGUGUCUCCUAUAGGUCUAGAGCCACAAAAAUUUCUCCCUGAGACUAAAAAGAACUUGAGGAGGAGAAGACCAUAGAGACGGAAGAAAGUUGGGAAUGAACAUAGUGGGACAUCAGAAAUGUGCCAUGGACAAGGACAACUGCACUCCCAAGUUCUCACGCAAGUGACUACGCAUAGGUAUGUACACCAUGGCCUGGUGCCUGCAGAGGACAGAAGAGGACCUUGGAUCUCCUGGGACUGGUGUUCCAAGCAAUUGUACACUGCCAUGUGGGAGUUGGGAACCAAACCAGGGUCCUACGGAAGAACAGACCCUGACUGCACCAGCCCCAUUUGCAGAUGAAUCCAGCUGCGAGUGCCAAGCACCUCAUGAAAAACUGACCAUUGCUCAGGCCCGCUUAGGAACACCAGUUGACAGGCCUGUUAGAGUGUAUGCAGAUGGAAUAUUUGACCUCUUCCACUCAGGUCAUGCAAGGGCACUUAUGCAAGCAAAAACACUGUUUCCCAACAGCUACUUGUUGGUAGGAGUUUGCAGUGACGACCUUACUCACAAAUUCAAAGGUUUUACUGUGAUGAAUGAGGCAGAACGAUAUGAAGCUCUCAGACACUGUCGCUAUGUGGACGAAGUCAUCAGAGAUGCCCCAUGGACUCUCACACCAGAGUUUCUGGAAAAACACAAGAUUGACUUUGUGGCUCACGAUGACAUUCCAUAUUCCUCUGCUGGUUCUGAUGAUGUUUAUAAGCAUAUAAAGGAAGCAGGCAUGUUUGUUCCGACACAAAGAACAGAAGGCAUCUCAACAUCAGACAUCAUUACCAGAAUUGUCCGAGACUAUGAUGUAUAUGCCCGGCGCAACCUCCAGAGAGGGUACACAGCCAAGGAACUGAAUGUCAGUUUUAUAAAUGAGAAGAAGUACCGUUUUCAGAACCAGGUGGACAAGAUGAAAGAAAAGGUCAAGAAUGUGGAGGAAAGAUCAAAGGAAUUUGUUAACAGAGUAGAAGAAAAGAGUCACGACCUAAUUCAAAAGUGGGAAGAAAAAUCAAGAGAAUUCAUUGGCAACUUCCUGGAACUGUUUGGGCCAGAUGGCGCAUGGAAGCAGAUGUUCCAAGAGAGGAGUAGCCGGAUGCUACAGGCCUUAUCUCCGAAGCAGAGUCCCGUGAGCAGCCCGACCCGGAGCCGGUCCCCUUCCCGCUCCCCAUCUCCCACCUUCUCAUGGCUCCCCAGCAAGACCUCUCCCCCCUCCUCACCCAAAGCAGCCUCAGCCUCCAUCAGCAGCAUGAGUGAGGGGGAUGAGGAUGAGAAGUAAAGGUGCCUGGCCAACAAGAGCACACCACACAGGAUGGGAAGGGGUCCCGGGAUGCCUGGGUGGUGUUGACAGCUGCAGAUCCUCAGGGUGAUGGGAGUUCUGCCAUGGGAAGGUACUAGGACCAGCUCCUUUUUCUUCUCCAUACAGCCUGGCCUGGGCUCAGCAUGGAGGUGUCCAACCUGAAAACCCACGCAAAGCUUCUUAGUGUCCUAGAAUCAACCCACUUUAGCCCUGCUAUGGAAAGGUUCAGAGAACUCCAUGAAGCGGGGUGAUUUCUGCUUUGAUCCACAUAGCCAUCCAUAUCAAAUAAGCCACCUUCAGAAGUGGCUGCUGUCUCACCCUGCUAUCUCCAGCCCUGUAAGAACCUUGCACAUUGCCUCCUAUCAUCCAAGCUCUCCCAGAAUGAAUUCCCUUCCAACUGAGGUGGCUAAGUGCUUCCAAAAUGGGCAAGUUAAACACACAUUCCAGCUGUCUCCAUUCGGCCCCUAAGGCCUGAUGAUGGAAUGAAUCAACUGUUUCCUGUUUCCAGGACCCUGACUCAGUCACAGCUUUGCUUUGGCCAGACAGAAAAGUGGGAACCUCUCAUUCAAAGGACAGUUAUGUCAAGGUGAACUCCACCUCAGGCCUGAUCUGCUUCUGGCUGUACUUUUUCUCACGACUGGCAUGGUGGCACUGUUUUCCAGAAAUUACCUGAGUUGACGGGAAGCGCACGUGGAAACCUGUCUUGUCUAAAAAGAAAUAACCAACCCAACGCAACCAGGAGCUGCUUUGCUUUGGCUCCAACGUGUGGACGAUGAAAACUAUCUCUUGGAGCUUCUUAAAGGAAUGGCUCUUUCCAUUUCUGACCACAUCACAGUCCAUAGUCCUCAAGUAACAGUUUGAUGUAACAAACACUUAGCAUACCGGUAGGGGGUGCUACCUGCACGUAUCUAUGUAUCCUCCAAAUAUGCCACCCCAGGGUGUAUACCAUAUGCAAUAUGAAUAUAUGGUGGUGGUGUCUGACUAUAGACUCCUCUCCUGCUCUCCCCCCUGAUACCCUGCUGAAAUGCUUGAGCUCAAGAACCAUCUGGUUCUCUCCUGACUCGGGUACUUUGUCAACAGUUCAAUCAAAUGUUAGAUUCCUGUAAAAAAAAAAAAAAAUUUUUUUUUUUUUGCCCCAGAAUAUUAAUACUCCUCUUGUUCUUCACCCAUGACAUUUUUGGGUAAAGGGAUGCUCCAAAGUCUUGCAAACAAAGGAAGCCUCAAUCCUUUCAACAGUCUAAGAGACAUGGAAAUGAUUUCUGGCCCUAACUGCUCUGAAUGUGAUGGAGACUCUCAGGUGACUGUAGAACUAUUCGGGGUCAUUGUCCCCGAAUCACAUGCAGGGAAGGAGGAGGGCCAGUCAAGGUAGAAUUUCCUGAUCAUCCUGGUAGAGAGAGGCAGCAGUAAGGCUUAACUGAAUGAAGGCCCUAACCUGCAACAGAUGGGCAAAGCCCAGCACUUGUGGUGACGCAAGCCUCCUUCUUCAAAGGCUUUGGGGUGAAAAAAGGCACCCGUCUUUCCCCUUUGUGUUGGGCUUAGACUACUUUCCUGAUCACCUGAAGAUCAGUGGUGACUUCUGCCAAACUGUGAGGCAAAGCCAGCUUGGAACUUCCUUGUUCCUAGUACUUCUUCCAGAACUCUGCAAAGUGCUCACGAAAGACCAGGGGACGGGGAGAUGGGGGUUGGGAACACAGCCUGUGAGAAAGAAAGUUCUUUUCAUAGCCAAGACCCUCUCAGAGCAUCGCUCUCCAGAGGCAAGGGCUUCUAAGGUCUGUUUGACCUCAAGCACCUCACCAUGCACCCAAGACAAAUCAUGCAUGUAUGCCUUCCGUUUCAGCCAAGUGACACUUGUGGCAGUAAAGGGACAAGGAGAUCAACUGAGCAAAUGGAGAAGAGGAGAAGAGAGGGUCCUAGAGAGAGGAAAGAAAGCUAAAAAGAAAAUCUACUGUCACAACACUUCAGGUUGUAUGUGUGAAAACUCUUGAGGAAGCAUUUUUAAAAAGCUCUGACUCCAUGACCUAGGGCAGAUAGGUCCACUUUAACCCAAGGCUUGUUCUGAAGCAGAUAGUAUAUAGUAUAUAUGAUAUAGUAUAUCAUUCCAAGUACGAAAACCCAUUAAGUGGGUUUAAAUCUCCUCAAUUUCCAUCAGCACCUCCUCACCUUCCUAAAGCCACAAGUCUUCCACAAAGAAAUGGGGGAGGAUUCUGCUAACCAACCUUUAGUCCUUUGUGACCAUCUAUCAGUCUUUUCCGGCCCAUACCCAGGAGCUGGGAUUGCAUCUUGUUUUGGUUGUUCAGUUAAUUCUCAUGGCUGAGAGUUAAGGAACGAAUGAGAGCAUAAAGUAUGCAGCAAGCUUGGAGAAGUAAAAAGAAAUGACAGAGAGCAAGGGAAGAUGUUCUUUUUGCUCCAGAAAGGAAAACUUAGGGAGUGGGGUGGGUUCGGAAUGGAAGAUGGAAGAAAAUGAGACUAAUUGGUGAGUAUGGGAGAAUUUGUCUUUUCUACUUUUCUUCCAGGCAUCGCUAGGCCCCUACAAGUGAAAGAGGAAAACUUCCUAUUGCAUACUUCCAUGACUAGUGGAUCCCCAUGCAGCAGGAGGGAUCCUGGCCUCUCUGCCUUCUUUGGCAUAUUAGCAAUAGCCAUAUCCCCCUGAAACCAAGUAAACCACAUCAACUACCUUCACAUAAACGACAGAGGUGCAGUUGCAAUGCGACAGUAACACUGAGUGGCCUAUUUCUGUCAUGAAAUUUCACUGUCGGGAUAUCCCAGAGGCAAAGGUAAACCACCCUGUGACAGACACAGUGUGGCUUCUGACCUGCUAUGGGGGCAGGAGACAGCCACUCUAUGACCUAGAUGCUGCGGUUACCCUGGUGGGUUGUGGCUACAGAAAGAACAUGGCUUAUUUUCUCUCCAUCUUCAGGGUUUGCUUUAAUGCCCAGUCCUACCCCGCAGAUGAGCCUGGUUUUUCAGGCAUCUGCUUAGCAUCAGUCCUGUCCUAACCAUCUGAUGAGUAAAGAAGGAAGGAAAAAAGGUAGGAAGGAAAGAAGGGAGUGAGUGGUGAAUGAGCUCAUCAGAUAGUUUUGACUUCUCUAGUUGUCUGUUGUGUCACUGCAGUGUGUCUGGGGACAAAGCCAUAAGAACAGCAUAUCUACUUAAAAUUCUGCUGUACAUAUAAGACAAUGACUCGUCUGGAUUUAAGAAUGACCUUAUGCCCAAGCAUUUGCUCUGGUGCUGAAUAGUGCAAAAUACUGGAACCACCCCUCCCCCACCCCUGAAACUCCUCCAGCCUUUUCCCCUGCUCCCAAAUGGACCACAGUAUUCCCAACUUGUUUAUAAAUAAAGGGACGCAGAGUCACAA